ACAAUGAUGUUCGAGCGUAGACCGAAAAUUCGUCUGAGCGUUCGAGACCACUGUGGCCACGUAGUGAUUACUCAUAUUGGUCUGUGCUGUGGUGCGUGAUUAUACCUGAAUCUAUGAUUGGCGGUCGGCGCUAGGAAUUCAAAGAGUAUAAUCUAGUUUAGAUGCCAGUGUGUUGUGAGACAUGGCACAGGACAGUUACGUAAUGGAGCCGUACAGAUCGUCCAGAGGCGAAAACGAUCCUCAGGUGCAGCUGAGGAAUGCACUUCUAGAAAAUGACUUCGAAAAGUUUGAGGAACUAGUGAUCAACGGCGCUGUUGACCUCGAAUAUGUUUACCCAUAUCCUGACGACAAAACAUGCCUUGAAUUAGCCGUUUUAGAGCCUAAUAAAAUUGAGUUUGUAAAACUGAUAUUACAACAUAUGACGUCAGUGGUACUUAGAAUGACUGAGCCUAUCUCCGAUACUCCUAUACUCUUAGCUGUAAAAAAUAGAAAUAUUGAAGCAUUGGACGCAUUAUUAGAAUUCAGCAGUUUCUUCAUCAACUGCGUGGAUAAGGAAGGCAACACCCCACUUUAUUAUGCGACCAGAAAUGGAGACAACGAUACAGUUUUAAAGCUGCUGAAAAACGGGGCAUAUGUGUACGACUACAGCAAUAAACCGCCGUUAGCAGAUAUAGAUCCAAGAACUCUAGAAACUUUUUUAGACGAAUGCAUUGAAACAAAUGGCAAACGACCAAAUGAAAGAGACUACGAAAUUAAUAUAAACUACAGUUUUUUCACUACCUAUCUCACAAGUACCACAGAUCCAUCUUCAGAAUCUCCAGAAGCAGAAGUACUUUUAUACAUGACUAGAAACGAAGAACUAAUGCCACUUUUGAAACAUCCAGUAAUUACUAGUUUCGUUUAUUUAAAGUGGGACAGAAUAAGCUCUCUUUUUUACUCAAACAUAACCUUUUAUUCACUGCUGUGGUUAUGUUUAAUGUUCUAUAUAGUAUUGGGAUAUGGAGUCAACAAACAACACUCAAAGUUCGUUGAAGCAAUAAAUAUUUUAACCUACGUUGGAACAUGUAUUGGUCUAAUACUUCUAAUAAUUCGAGAAAUAUUCCAAUUACUAGUGUUGCCGACAAGAUACUUCAAAAGUACUGAAAAUUUAAUGGAGAUUGCCUUAAUAUGUGUAAUGACAGCGAUUGUGUGUAACAAUUCAGCAUCAGAAUCCACAAAGCAACAGUUGUCUGCAAUCGCCAUUCUAUUGUCGUCCGUGGAGCUUGUUUUACUCAUUGGACAAUUUCCUACGUUUUCAACAAAUAUCGUGAUGUUGCGAACUGUUUCUUGGAAUUUCUUCAAAUUUUUACUUUGGUACUGUAUUUUGAUAAUAGCAUUCGCUUUGAGUUUCUACAUACUAUUCAGAAGAGGUGAAAAGCAGGAAGAUCAAAAAGUAUCAAAUCCGGGCCAAGAGGAGGAAGAGUUUUUCGAAGAUCUAGGAAGGUCUUUAUUUAAAACUAUCAUUAUGAUGACUGGCGAGUUCGAUGCUGGGUCUAUCAAAUUCAGCACAUUUCCAGUGACAAGUCAUAUAAUAUUCAUCCUUUUCGUAUUCAUGGUUCCCAUUGUUUUGUUUAAUCUACUCAAUGGUUUGGCAGUCAGUGAUACACAGGCGAUUAGAGCUGACGCUGAGCUACUGGGACACAUUUCAAGGAUAAAGCUUAUAUCUCAUUAUGAGAGUGUUCUUUUUGUAAAAAAAUAUGCACACCCGCUAAAACGCUGUUCCUGGUUGCCAUCUUCUCUGCAAGAAUUAAAGAUUAUCAAACCACAUAUGAUGUGCAUUAAACCUUGGAGAAUAUUCCUUUUAUUCCCAGAUUAUCUGCCUAAGUAUGAAAUAACAGUCAAACCCAACCAAGACAACAGAAUAGUAAUCCCAAGCUAUUGGAAAUCGGACAUAGAAUUCAGCAAAUCUUGCUAUAUUGGACAGUGUACCUCUUACUUAGACCGAGAUAUUGUUAAAAACGCCAAAAUGAUUAUUAACAAGAGGACAUGCGUUUCCGAAUUCGACGAAAUUAAACAUACGCUUUCGAAAUUUGAAACAAAAAUUUUAAAUAUGGAAAAUACACUGAAGAAGUUUCUAGAGAAGUUAGAAACACCUUAAAACCUUUCAGUUUUAAUUUAACUUAAGUAUCAUGUCUAUCUAAUUAACUAAAUAAUGAAUUCAUUUUGAAAUUCAUAAAUAUUUAUUACCUAUAAUACCUACCUAUAAUAAAUUAAUUUCCUGAAAUGGGAAUAAAGUAGAAAAUUUAAUUUAGUAUUCACGCGUUUUUUUUUGUAAAGUUUCUACUGUUUAUUUAAGAAAAUAUGUACAAUGUAAGUUUUUAUAAAAUAAAUAAAUACUUUAUUUACUA